AUGAAUAACAACAGUAUACAUGUUACGUUAUUUGAAGAUUUACCAGUUGAAAUUUUAUUAAAAAUCUUUCAUUUACUCUCACUUGACGAACUUGUAACAAAAUUUCUUGGUCUCAAUACUUAUAUUAAUUUGGUAAUUCAAUCUUUAACACAUAUCAAACAUACAAUAAUCAAUAAUGACACUAACGCUAUUGAUCUUCGACAUUUAUUUGCAACUCAGAUCGAUCGAUUGAUUAUUACACGUUCUCCAUCAGUUGAUUUCACUUCGUUAAAUAAUUUACGAUCACUCACAAUAAAAUAUGGCACAGUUAAGCAAUUAUAUGAUAUUUUGCCACAGCAUUUUCCUCGAUUAGAGAUCCUACACAUUAACGGACUAGAUGAUGUGUCUGCUGCUAAUGCAAGAGAAAGAAUAAUCUCUGAUUUAUUCAAAAUUAUCUUUUCUAAUCGAUUUCCGCGACUUCGAAUAUGCACGGCAACACAAAUUGGAAUUCUAGUAUCGAAACCAGAGUGGACGAAAUCACCUGCUCUUCUAUAUCUACAACUAGAUUCAGCAACGGCACAUGUUCGUGAUCAAAUUUACUCUACAUGUCCAAAUCUACGAUCGUUCAAAAGUUUCUUACCUCCAAUCUCAGCAGUUUCAUUAUCAACGUUCAGUCCUUACGCGAAGCGUUUGCAUUACGACCUCAUGAAAAUACAACAAUGGAAAUCUGAAAAUCGGUUUAUACUUGAUUAUUGUUCGACGUUCUACAAUGGUAGACCUCCGUCUCACUUCGGCGACCUGCCAACAAUUACUCGGCUCUUUGAUAGUACAGAUAAUAUUUUUAUUUUGGGCCGAAUUCUACCAAAUAAUACUCCAUAUAAUUCCGGUUCAUUUCUCAUCAAAAUAACGGUACUCAGUGAUUACCCGUUUCAGUCGCCUGUAGGAUGUUUUUUGGAUCCAAUCUAUCAUCCAAAUGUUCGGGCGAAUGGUAGACACUGCUGCAACUGGAUAGGUCCCCAUUUCCAAUGGACACCAACUUUUACACUAGUCAACCUUGUCAAUAGUAUCAUUCAUAUCAUUGAGAAUCCUGACUUACAAAAUCAUCGCGAUAUUGACAUUGCUAACGAAUACCAAAAUAACUACGAACGAUUCUAUGAUAAAGCAUUGAAGUGUACAUUGAAAUAUGGACGUCCACGUAUUUAA